AUGGAGGCCGCCAAGCAGGCUCUUGCUGCAAAGAACAAGCAGAGCGCCCCAUCAGCUGCCAGAAAGGUGCCAGGGGUCAAGAGACCACUCGUGAAGCGGCCAGCACCGGCGCCUGUUUCGCCGCGUGCUGGCGCUGAAGAGGCGGCUGACGGGCAAAGCGUUAAACGACAGAGGACAUCCGAGACUGCGGGGCCUUCUGGCAGGGAGGGAGAGGCACCGCCCCCACCAGUGACCCUUUUUGUGGGGGACCUCCCGCCCUUCUUCACAGCCGAGGGCCUCCAGGCGGUCUUCUCGCAGCUGGCAAGGGUGGUGGAUGUGCGGGUAGUGGGCAACAAGCUGUUCGGCUUUGUCACCCUUGAGAGCGAGGCGGCUGCUGCGUAUGUGCUAGAGACCAGUGAUACACAGGGGAUCUACGCAGAAGGGGCACCCCUCAGAGUAUCUAGGGCGCAUGACGGUACAUCAGAAUGGCAGCAGAGGGGCCCUGGCAGUGAUAAUCCUUGUCACGCGCACACACAUGGCGGGCAGAAUGAAGAGGGGUUCAAUCCAUAUGAGCACCCCAAAGUGCGCGAGGCACGGCUGGCGGCCAGGUCGCUGGCAGAGCAGAUCGAGCACAACCAGCUGCCGGGCAUGAACUGUGGGCCGCCGCCGGAGCGACCUCUUGUCUGCUAUGACGAUCUCUGA